AUGGCCACGCGCACGCUCAGCGACAAGCCACCGCUCCUCUUUGCCCUCCCACUACACCCGCCCAUCCCCUUCCCGCUCCACCCGACCUACUCUGUCCAGCUCCCGACCCGCGACCUCCGCCAGGCGUACCUCGACACCCUCUGGCCGCCUGCCGCAGCCGCAAACCAGUCUGAGCAGGCCCGCCUCGAGUCGUUCGCCCGCAUCCUCCUCACCCUCCUCGCCGACCGCGCUCCACCCGCCCUCAACACCCUCGUCCGCGACCUCGUCCUCCCGCUGCAAGACUUCGACAAGCGCUGGCGCAUCCAGCUGCCGCCCCUUGUCGAGGACCCGGACAGCGACGACCACGACGACGGUCGCAGCCCGGCGGGCGUCACCGACGACGAGGCGCGGCGCGCGACAGACGACUACGAGCGGUGGGCCGUUGACGAGAAGGUGCGGCUCGAGGCCAAGCGCGAGGAGGACGAGCGGCGGCGCAAGGGCAAGCAGCGCGCCGUCGACCAGGACGCUGCGACGGGCGCACACGGCGACGAGCAUGACGAGGACUCGAGCGUGCCCAAGCCCGUCGUGGUGCGUCCGAGUGGCUGGCUCGGCGACAAGGAGCUCCUCGAGACCCGUCUUCAAGCCCUCCUCCUGUUCACGCUCCUCGCCCUACCGGCCUCGUUCCAGCCCGACAUCCCGAAAAAGGGCCGCAAGAAGAAGCACCCGGAGCAUUUUCCCGACACGCUCGACGCCGCCAUGCUCCUCGACUUCCUCACCGACCGCAUGCAGAUCUGGCGCGUCAUGCAGGACGUGAGCGACCUCGCGUUCGCCGCCGACGUCCCACUCGUCGAGAAGGAGGCCAAGGUCAAGUUCGUGCCCGUCGAGGAGCGCGACGCCGUCCAGGUCUGGUGGGCAGACGUCGUCGAGCCACUCUUCCGCACCCGCAUCGACGCCUCGGUCCUGUCGCACCACCGCCUCAAGCUCUUCCCUGCCGCGACCUCGCAAGCCGACCGCCUCGCGCAGCGCCUCGAGCCCGCCCCCUCACCCUUCAAGGCGCGCUCGCUCCUGUCGCUCGAGAAGUCGGCGCGUCGGCGCGAGGUGCGCGAGGGCGAGCGCCGCGUUGCCGAGAGCCCGACGAUGAAGCGGCUCAUGAGCAUGUCGGGCUUGACGGGCAAGGCCAAGGAGCGCGAUGUCGGGCGCACGGCGGCGGCGGCGGCGGCGGCGGCGGCGGCGGCGACGGCGGCGGGCUCGGCGUCGAGCAGGAGCCAGGGCGAGCAGGACGGCGACGUGUUCAAGCUGCCGAGCAAGCCGACUCGGCGCCAGGACGCGCUCGGCGAUGGCGCCGCUCCCGCCGAGGCGGCGGCUCGCCCGCGUCUUCCGCGCAAGCAGGAGCGCCCACGUCCGCUCCCUCGAGGCGACAGCUCGUCGGCGGGCAUCCCGGACGCGCUCAAGCGGCGAGUCGUCAGCCUCGGCAAGCAGGCCGGGUCGCGCGCCAAGUCGGGCAUCGGCGCGCCACUCGUCAAGGACGGCGACGGCGACGGCCUCAAGCGCAAGAGGAAGAGUCUGAGCCCCAAAAAGCUCACUGCGUCCGAGCGCGCCGCCCACACGCUCACUCUCGUCCCCGACACGCCCGACAAAGCUGCCGCCGCGGCAUCCUCGGCCGCCUCGUUCCGCAACCCGUUCCACCGCACCAGCACCGUCCCCUCGUUCGCCGCCCUCGGCGCCGCCUUUCGCGCAGGCGCCUCGGACGCCGCGCCCCUUCCCUUCUCCCUUCCGCCACCGCCUCGUCUCAGCUCGGACAAGGACCGGAUGGACUGGAGCGGAGAGGGCGAGGACGAGGACAGCGAGGAGGACAGCGAGGGAGACGUCGUGCUCGGCGAGCGGGACCGACGACGAGGCGGUGCGGCGGGCGAGGCGCAGGAGGGCGGGACGGUCACGCCCAAGAAGCAGACCGCGAGGAAGGUGCUCGUGCCGGACACGUAGCGGUGGAGCGGUCCAGGAACGCGAGGCGAGGUCGGGCGAGGCUCGAGCGCGACCGACUUGCCCUCUUU